CUGUCUCGUGCCUCAUACGUACUCUCUCCCACUCCCUAUUUUCCAACCCACUCCUCCUAAAUUGGCAACUGAUUCACCCAACUGUAUCAUGCUGCUUACUCCUCAUUCGUUGCUGAAACCUCUCCUCUCUUUCCUCUAGCUCUGGCAGGUUUCAUCUUCAUGUUUUUCCUUGGAAAAAUCCCAGAACUUGGUUUCCAGGCAUAGACAUGUUUGACAUAUUGUUCGGGUGGAGAAAAGCUUCCAAGUGCAAGCAGCUGUUCAAGCAGGUGAAGUUCCGGCUCAAGUUGCUGAAGAACAAGAGGGCUACUAUAGUGAGGCAAUUGCGAGAAGACGCCGGGGAGCUGAUCAAGAAUGGCUACGAAGACAAAGCCUUAAAUAGGGUUGAGCAGAUAAUCAAUGAUGAAUGCAUAGUGGCACUGUAUGAACUGCUGGACAAUUUUUGUGAAUUUAUCCUCCUUCACCUUUCGUACAUCCGAAGACACAAGGACUGUCCAAAUGACAUAAAUGAAGCGGUUUCAAGUCUUAUAUAUGCUUCUGCUAGAUGUGGAGAUCUCCCUGAGCUUAGAACUAUCCGAAAGCUCUUUGGAGAACGUUAUGGCCAGAAAUUUGCAAGGGAUGCUCUUGAAUUAUUCCCGGGGAACCUUGUGAAUUACCAGGUAAUAGAGAAACUGUCUCUAAUAUCCGUAUCAGAUGAUAUGAAACACCGAAUGGUCAAUGAAAUAGCAAGGAAUUAUUGCAUCAAACCAGAAGUUUUAGCAAUUGAAUACUACUCCGAUUGGCAACAGAAGGUGAAGGAAACUAGUGGACAUCAUGCACUGGAUACAAAUGUUCGGACUUAUUACGAAAGAUCUGAAAUGCAGAUUUGUAAUGUCGAAGAGUUUCAAUCAGAAGAUGUCCAUGAUUCCAAUAUAUCUCGAAGAGCUUCAGUAGCUAGGCUAGCCCCGACUAUAUCAGACUCUCGGCUGCAUAAUGAAAUAGAGGAAGUACAGCACUAUGCUGAAGUGGAUUCUCCAAAAGGUAAAGAAAUAGUGGUGUAUAAUGAUGACAUUGAAGAGGUUCAGUCUUGCACAACAAGAUAUGGAGAUGACUUCCAAGACCAAAGUGCUUUCAAGUUCAAAGCUAGCGUUCCUAAGAAGGAGAAUCUUGUAAACAGUUUUGACCGUAGUUAUGUGGAAACAUGGAUUGUGGAUUCAGGGUCAAGAAUCUCUGGGAUAAGUUUUAAGGGAAAUGAGAAAAGACCAAGGAAGAGAUCAGUGUCACAGGAAAAUCAGUUUAUGAAGGAUAAUGAAUUUCCAAGUUGCUAUGCUAGAAAGCAUCAGAAGAAAUUGGGACCUAACAUCUUGUCCUGCAAAUGCAGCCUGGUAAAUCCAUGUUAUGUUUGCAAUGGGAAAGAGACUGUCGAAUUUGAGGUUCCGACAAUGAAGAAAAAUAGAGGGAUUUCAACUAGGGAGAGAUUUGCUAAUCCGGGUCAUGAACAUAAAAGCUUGGUGUACAAUGUUUUCAAUUACCCUGAUCACCAGCCGAAAGCGCAAAGCAAAGUGUUUAAAGAAACCAUCCAUGACAAGCUUCCCUCUUAUACUCCAUCUUCAUCAUCUUCUCCAACUGUGACUAGUUCUUGGAGGAGAAAAGAAAUGGUACCUCCCUACUUCAGAAACGUGACAAUGCCGCCGGAAAGAGUCCAGGACAAGCGAAAGGAAGAGUGUCAACGUUCCAUUUCAGACUGCUUUCAGUAUCCUACUCAUGUACAUCCAAAGCUGCCAGAUUACGAUGAUAUUGCAGCUACAUUCAUGGCUCUCAAGAAAGAACGUCUGCAACCUUGGCCUCCUCGAAGCAAUCAGCUUUAUGGUAGUCUGCAUUAGAAUCACUAGCAUUAACAUUCAAAUUUCCACUAUUCGGAAUCACUAGCAUUCUUCAUGCUUUAAUACUUCAACCUUUUCACUGUUGUUAUCUAGUAGAAAAUUUGCUAGUGCAAGGGAAUUUAGUCCAGAACAGAAUCUUUCUAUUGCAGAAUUUGUUAC